CGGGGCGUUUAGUUUCCCACCUUUUUCUUUGGCGGGUACAUGAAACCCCAACGGACGAAAAAGCCUCCCAAAGAAGCACGAAAGAGCAACGCUUUAGCGCGGCUGCAGAGCCAAAAGAACGGGAAGAAGGCGACAGACUUAACCCUCCCUCCUCGGUUGCCACUCUCACAUUUACUCAUCGAUCGCGCCUUCGACGUCCCUCCGCAACAUCCAUCCACCGUCACUUCCGCAUCGCCGUGCCUCCCCUUUGCUCCGGUGGCCGUCUCGCAUGGAGCCGUUCGAGCCGGCCUCUGAGCCGGGACAGCCCCGCGCUGACCCCGAGACGGUACUGGAAGGAUCGAUGUGGAAGAUGGAAUUGGGCAGCGAGGAGCCUCCGGCGUAUCCUGAGAGGCAUGGCCGGCCUGACUGUGCCUACUACAUGCGGACCGGGACAUGUGGUUUUGGUGAUGGCUGCCGCUACAAUCACCCCCGUGAUCGCCGGAUGGUAGCCAGAGCAGCGAGAACUGGAUCUGCACAACACCGGGAGCACACUAGCCGACCUGCAUGCAGGUAUUUUGUCAGCUACGGGAGUUGCAAAUUUGGUGAUACUUGCAAGUAUGAACACCCAAAGCCAAAUGGAUCUGUGAUACUGGCAUCUUUAAAUAAAUAUGGCUAUCCAUUACGUCCGGGUGAGAAAGAAUGCUCCUAUUAUAUCAGGACAGGCCACUGCAAGUUUGGAUUAAUUUGUAAAUUCAACCACCCUGAACCCUCGUUGCCCUUGCCAGCAUCACCAUCUUAUUCUAUUGUUCAGCCCACCAUAUCUCCUUCGCAUCAACAGUACCCUGUAAUUACCAGUUGGGAAGUUGGUAGAUCGUCGAUGUUGCCUGCGUCAUACAUGCAAGGACCUUAUGGCCCAAUGUUGCUCUUCCCUGGGAUCAUGCCAGACCCUGGCUGGAGUACCUUUCCGGUCACUCCAAGUCCUCUAAUAUCUACCGGUGGAGAACAGAAUACUGUCCUAGAAGAAUCACAACACGAUUCAGCAGCACAGAUUUCUCGUUUGCAUCCUGCUCAUACAGAAUCUUAUCCGAUGGCUGCCUCGGUUAGUCCAUCAACCAAUAAUCAGACUGAAAACGUGCUUCCAGAGAGGCUUGAUGAACCUGAUUGCCAAGACCAUAAGAGAACAAGCUAUCGUAAAUUAGGAUCCAGAUGCACAUCUCAUCAUCGUACAGAGAAUAUCCCACCAGAAACAAGCUGUGUCUUUAGCCUUAUUGGCCAUCCUCUUCAUCCGUUUUCUUCAGGCUAACAAGCUAGAGUGAGGACAUAAGAAGCUAGCAGGUACUCUUCCUCAUCAAAUCAUUUCAUAUGGAAGUCAUUGGUAACUCAGAGUCAUCUGAAGUUCAUCGUCUACUUUGCAUACUGUUGGUUUGCAGUUCUGACUCAAAAACUAGUGUCUUGGCAUAUGCACUGUGUAUAUCAGUUACUCAUGUUUCUUGUUUUAUCUUAUGUAUAUAUACAUGAUGUAGAAAUGAGUUAUUACUUAUGUGACAUUAAAUGCUUAAUAAGUGCUUAAUAGAACAAUUGAACA